AUGCUCCACCACCCAUCGCAAGAUCGCUUGUCCACUCAAUCGAAACCAAACACCACUGCUGUUUUGCCCACUUCGCCAUCGCAUCAAAUUGAUCAGUCCAACCUAUCAAACCAACCGUCACAACCACGGUUAUCAUCGUCGACAGAAUCUCAAUUGCCUUCAACCUCGGCCCAAACUAGCCUCGUGUCCACCACUCUCGUUGGUAGCAGUCAAAGAAUGCCUGCUACAGUUCUGCUGCAAACCGCAAUCAUCAAGGUUUUCGGUUCUGGUGGAGACGCCCUGUGGGCCAGGGCACUGUUGGAUCCUGCGUCGCAGUUGUGCUUAAUUACUGAAAACAUGGUCCAGAAAUUAAAGCUUCGUCGCUAUCCAAAUCGCCAAGAAAUUGGUGGAGUUGGAAACACUCUCGUCGUGUCGUAUCAUGCUGUUGACGUUCGGAUAGGAUCUCAUUGUACGAAAUUUACGGUUGAGGAAUCUUGUCAAAUAUUGAAGAAAAUCACUCGUGAGCUUCCAGUGAACCCUGUUGAUUCGUCAACUUGGAAUAUUCCAUCCGAAGUCAUACUGGCUGAUCCAAUGUUCUAUGCGCCAGGGCCAAUAGAUUUGCUUCUGGGAAUGGAACUAUAUUUCGAUCUUCUUCUUGAAGGAUUAAUAAAACUGGGCCCUGAGAAGCCAGUUCUUCAAAAUACUGUUUUCGGAUGGGUAGCAUCCGGAAAAAUUGGAGCUCACCACCCUCGUACCCAACACAAGUUAGCUCACGUGUGCAGCGCAGAAUCAGUCGAUGAUCCAAUCUCUCGCUUCUGGGAAAUAGAAUCUUGUUGGUCCAAUAGUAUACGAUCCCCAGAUGAAACUUUCUGCGAGCAGCAUUUUGUUGCUAACACCUUUCGUGACGAAUCUGGAAGAUUUGUCGUUACCUUACCGAAACGCCCAGAUAUAUUGUCUCAACUCGGGAGUUCCAAGGAAAUAGCCACUCGAAGGUUCCUUGCCCUUGAACGCAGACUUGAUGCGAACCUCCCACUCAAAGAAGCGUACACUUCAUUUGUUGCUGAAUAUUUGCAACUCAAUCACAUGCGUGAGAUCGACGACACGGAUAACACAUUUCCGUCUUACUACUUACCUCAUCAUGGAGUAGAGAAGGUGGAUAGUACAACCACCAAAUUACGGGUGGUCUUUGACGCCUCUUGUCGAACGGACAGCGGAUUUUCGCUGAAUCAGGCGUUAAUAGUGGGACCGGUUCUACAGGAUGACAUUCUAGACAUUUCGCUUCGCUUCAGAAUUCAUCAGUUUGCUAUUAUUACGGAUGCUGAAAAGAUGUAUCGGCAGAUCCGCCUCCACCCUGACGAUUUUCCACUGCAUCGAAUUCGCUGGCGGUCCUCUUCCUCGGAACCGCUGAAAACGUUUGAACUAACCACAGUCUCCUACGGUACUGCCUCGGCGCCAUACUUGGCUACAAGAUGUCUCCUUGAGUUGUCGAAACAGGGAGCUAAUGAAUUUCCUCCAGCCGCGAAAGUCCUGUCAAAGGAUUUUUACAUGGAUGACAUGCUUACCGGUGUCGAUGAUGAAGAAGAGGGAAAACACUUGUGCAGGCAACUGCGAAGCCUGUUACAAUCUGCAGGUUUUAAUCUACGCAAAUGGGCGUCAAACUCGACAGCUAUAUUAUCAACCAUACCUCCCGACCAACGCGACGAUCGAGCAGUAAUAGCACUGGACUCACCAGCAACCAUAAAAACCCUUGGACUAAUAUGGGAGCCAUCGACCGAUUUACUCCACUACUCUGUUCCUAAUUGGUCCCAAACAGAAAACAUCACAAGACGAACCGUAUUGUCGGAUACAGCAAAGCUUUUCGACCCUCUCGGCCUGAUUGGGCCGGUGAUAGUCCUUGCCAAGAUAUUUGUUCAAUCUCUCUGGCGAACUUCUGCAUCCUGGGACAAUCCACUAGACGAGUAUCAACAGCAGCAUUGGUUGGAGUUCCGCAGUAGUUUGCAAGGAUUAGUAUCUAUUACCAUCCCAAGGUGGGCAACCCCUUCCUUCAAUCGCGUAGUGCUUGAAAUGCACGGGUUCUGCGACGCCUCUGAGAAGGCUUACGGGGCCUGUUUGUAUUUGAGAGUUGUUUCAAAUGACGGCAGAAUAGCCGUGCGUUUACUAACCGCCAAAUCUAAGGUGGCCCCUCUCGGUGAUUCGAAGAAACAAAAACGCAUCUGCCUACCGAGGUUGGAACUCUCAUCUGCCCUUCUGUUGAGCCAUCUGUACCAUAAAGUUCAAGCCAGUACAACGCUGAAUGUCAAGACAAUCUUCUGGACAGACUCGAUGAUCACUCUACAUUGGCUUCGGUCGACACCAUCUAGAUGGAAAACCUUCAUCGCAAACCGUGUUUCUGAAGUGCAGCAUCUCACACAAAGCGGUAUUUGGGCGCACGUUCCAGGCAUCGAAAAUCCUGCAGACAUAAUUUCCCGUGGUAUGCGGCCAGCACAAUUGCAAGAAACCGCAUCCUGGUGGAAUGGUCCACCCUGGCUCAGCCAACCAUCGCGUUUUUGGCCACCUCUAAUUCCACAAACUUCCGUCGAAUUGCCGUCAGAAAUGCUGGAAGAAAGGACAGUUUCUCUGCCAGUGCGGGUGCACCCUCCGAAUGAAAUCUUUUUCUUACGAUCGUCGUUUCCGGCGCUUGUUCGUCUAAUUGCACUUCUUCGUCGCUUCAUUUAUAACAGCAAGCUUAUCAAUCGCUCAAAUCGACGAUAUGGUUUCCUACAAGCUUCAGAACUCGCGGAAGCCUCCAACAACCUAGUUCGACUGGCACAACUCGAGUCUUUCAGCAAGGAUAUCGCUGCUGUAGCUAAAAAUGGCCAGGUUGACUCACACUCUGAUCUACGAACACUUGCACCAAUUCUCAUCAACGGCAUUCUAAGACUUCGUGGCCGACUCAGGCAUGCGGCCAUAUCCGAAGAUAGUAAACAUCCGAUAAUCCUACCUGCACGACAUCCACUAACUACGUCUAUUGUGACCUACUAUCACCUGAAAAAUCUUCACGCCGGUCCUCAGCUGCUUGUAGCAUGUGUCCGGGAAAAAUUCUGGCCACUCCGCAUUCGAAAUUUAGCACGAAGCGUAGUGCACUCAUGUGUAAACUGUUUUCGCUGUCGUCCUCGUACCCUCGAUCAGAUCAUGGGAGAUCUGCCUUCAGAACGAGUUACUCCAACGUUACCCUUCCUCAAUACUGGAGUGGAUCUUUGUGGACCGUUCCAGUAUCGCAAAGCCAGCAGGGCUCCACCAAUAAAAUGCUACGUAGCCAUCUUUGUUUGCCUUGUCACCAAGGCAGUUCAUGUGGAGCUAGUCUACGAUCUCUCCACUCAAGCGUUCAUAGCAGCGCUACAUCGAUUUGUCGCCCGACGAGGAAAACCGAACCUCAUAGAAUGCGACAAUGCCAAGAACUUCAAGGGUGCUGUGAGGGAACUAAAAGAAUUAGCCAAGCAGUUUCGUUCUCAACAACAUCAAAGCAAAAUAGUCAACCGUUGUGCUGAUGACGGGAUAACCUUUAAAUUCAUUCCGCCACGCAGCCCAAAUUUCGGUGGGCUAUGGGAAGCAGCGGUGAAGUCCUUCAAGCAGCACUUCCGUCGAACCGUAGGAAACUCGAUCCUAUCCCUGGACGAAUUCGUCACCCUGCUCGCCCGCAUCGAAGCCUGCUUGAAUUCUCGACCGCUGACUCCACUUACGGCUGAUGUCAAUGACUUGGAAGUUUUGACACCAGGUCAUUUCCUCGUCCAUCGUCCUCUCACUUGCUUCCCGGAACCCAAUCUGUCUGAUGUACCCCAAAACAGACUCGAUCGUUGGCAACGAAAUCAAGAGCUUCUUCGGCGGUUGUGGAAACGCUGGACGAUCGAUUACCUGUCUGGUCUUCAUCCACGUACCAAGUGGACUCGCAUACGAGACAACGUCGCCAUAGGAACGAUGGUCCUUCUUAAGGACGAUAAUCUGCCGCCUCUUAAAUGGAGACACGGGAGAGUCAGCAAAAUAUACCAUGGAGACGAUGGAAAUAUCCGGGUUGUAGACGUCCGAACAGCAGAAGGAGAGUACCAACGAGGUAUCACAAAGAUAUGUGUGCUGCCUAUCCAACAAACAGCUGGGCCUACUGAAGUACCCGGCCUCUGCUCAGAGGACCACUAG